AUGAACUUCUUCAGUCGACAAAAGUCGCGGAUACAGUCUCCGUCGGAUACGGUCCGGCUACUACGGGAAAACAUUGGCAGACUAGAGGCGCCACCGCAGGGCGACAGCCAUCGGAAAGCGACAGAUGACAUUUCGCGUCAUAUGACCGCCAUCAAGUCGGCGGUAGUGGGCGAGGCGGACCAGGAACCCUCGACAGAAACAGUAACGCAGGUUGCGAAUGAGGUGUAUGCGCAGGACGUGAUGCGGUUGAUGGUGGUCCAUAUGGAGGCUUUCGAGUUUGAGGCAAGAAAGGACGCAUGUACCAUCAUCAACGCGCUGCUCAGGAGACAGAUCGGGACCCGGCUACCUACCGUCGAGUUCCUCACCAAUCGGCCAGAUACCAUGUUUGCCGCGCUGAAGCAAUACUCAAAUGCCGAAAUCGCGCUCAAUACAGGUGGCGUAUUGAAGGAGAUGCUGCGCUAUGAGCCCCUUGCUCGGAUCUUGCUAUACUCUGAAGAGUUCUACACCUUCCCGCACUUUAUCGAGACGACGACAUUUGGGAUAUCAUGCGAUGCGUUUGCGAAUAUGAAGGAAUGCCUGACGAAGCACAAGCCCAUGGUAGCCCAAUACCUAGACCAGCACUAUGACCGAUUCUUCAAAAUGUAUCAAACCCUCAUCCUCUCCUCCAACUAUGUGACCAAGCGUCAAUCCCUCAAGCUCCUCGGCGAGAUCCUCCUCGACCGGGCCAACUACGCCAUCAUGACUCGGUUCAUCGCGGACGAGGCGAACCUCAAGACGAUGAUGAACUUUUUGAGGGACAAGAGUCGGAAUAUCCAGUUUGAGGCGUUUCAUGUGUUCAAGGUGUUCGUCGCGAACCCUAGCAAACCACCGCAGAUCGCCAGUAUCCUCCGGAGAAACAAGGAGCGCUUAUUGACCUUCCUCAAGGACUUCCAUAAUGACAAAGAAGGUCAGUUGGCAGGUUCUUGUUCUGACGAGAAGGCUUUCCUCAUUACGCAAAUCCAACAACUAUAA